GAUAAACAAGCAUGAAAGCUGAUUGUAAAUAUAAUUUAAAAGCCAAGCGCUGCAGCAAAUGGUUCAACAAUGUUUGCUCUGCUUGUCGUGCGCGUUUUCAUCGCCGGCAUGCCAAGGAUGCACUGCAGCAGGACAGGCUAAAGCUGCUCACAGCGGAGGAGUGCUAUGCAGCUAUGAAAAGAGAUUCAGACGGCGCUGGCGAGCCGGAUGCAGAUGAAGAAAUUUGGUGGAAAGUGCCAGUUAUAUUGCUCAUAAUUGCCUCCAUACUUGCCAUACUUAUGCUAAUCUGUUUGCUAUGUCAACGUUUUGUCAAGGAGCUGCCACAGUUACUGCCACAGCACGUUGACUUCGCUGUAUGUGCUACCAAUGAAAACCAACAGCCCAAGCCAGCAAAGUCGUCAAUUGCUUCAGCUGACAAUAAAAAUAAACCAAAGCGCAAACGCUGUUGCUCCUUCAUGUCCAAGUCUAAAAGUAAUAUAGUUAGCUCCAGCAGCUAUGUCAGAGAUGAUUCAUACCUGCGCUAAAAUUGUUACAAACUAGACCUAAUA